GAUGCGUCAGAGCGCGGAGAGGCGGUCCAUCGCCGCCGAGGUGAUCCCCGGCUUUAAAAGCGCAGAAGUCCUCUGUGCGCCGGAGCAGUGCGUCACAGCGACCCAGCAGAGUCAGGAUCCCCCGACACAGAGUCCGAUAUCUCCACACAGCGACGAAAAUAGCUUUUAUAAGACAACACGACCGAAUCGGUCAUGAUCUUAUUCCACAUAUUUUAAUAUUCGUCUCUUUUUUCCAUUUUGGAUGCGACUCUUCCCUCCUUUUUUUGCAACAGUAACAGCUUUUUUUUCUCCAACUAAGCCUUUAUUGACUUUUGUUAUUUCUCAUUCUCGUUGUUUGUUCGCGACGACACAGCGAGAGAGGAUCCUGAGCAACAGCUGGGGACUAUAUAAACUCCGCUAUAUGGAUACGGAAUCGCUCCCAUCUGCAGCUGUACUCAGAGUUUGAUCUCAGACGUUGCUCCCUGCGCCAAGAAGAAAAUGAAAUCUGCUGAAGAGGAUGCAUAUGGCUACACGCCAAAUGUCAGUCUCUCCCUCCCACUGGGCAACCCUUGUCUUCCCUCCCAGUACCACAGCCUCCAGUCCAGCCCCACUAUAUCUGUCUCUGUCAGCGAGCCUCACAGUUAUGACACACAGGAUGACAUGAGAGCGGCCGGCUACUAUUCAUCCUCCAGCGUCCGCCCGAACGGAGCCCCGACCCUGGAGAGCCCUCGCAUUGAGAUCACAGCCUACGGUCAGUUUCCUGAGGAUGAGGUGGAGGAGAGCAACCUUCCUGUUGCCAAGCGAGUCAACUCCAUAGUGACACUGACCCUCCCCAGUGCAGAUGGAUAUCGCGACCCCAGCUGCCUGAGUCCAGCCAGCAGCAUCUCAUCUCGCAGCUGCCACUCCGAGGCCUCCUCCUAUGAAUCAGGCUUCUCCUACAACUACGACAACUCGCCCCAGAACUCCCCCUGGCAGUCACCAUCUGUGUCCCCCAAGGGCUCCACCCUCGCCCUGCCAGGUGACGGAUGCACCUCUGGUGGCUCCCCUCGCCACUCCCCCUCCACCUCCCCUCGCACAAGUUUGACAGAUGACAACUGGAUUGGUCAGCGUGGCUCCAGGCCCAACUCCCCUUGUGGUGCAAAGAGGAAGUACAGCUUUAACGGCAGCGGGGCACCGCAUAAGCACUUCCCAUAUACGCCCAACCACUCGCCUGGACCAUCCCCGCAGACCUCCCCUCGCAUCAGCGUCACCGAGGAGACCUGGCUGCCAAACACCAACCAGUACACCAACUCAGCCAUCCUCGCAGCCAUCAACGCUUUGACCACAGACGGAGUGGCUGACCUCGGGGAAGGAAUCCCCAUGAAGGCCCGGAAAACCAGCCAGGAGCACAACCCCUCAGUCAGCCUGAAGGUGGAGCCCGGAGGCGAGGAGCUGAGUCCGGGGGAGCUCUGUCUGGACGAGCACCCUUCGAACCGCCUGCCGUUAAAGAAGGAGGGCUACUGUGGUGGUUUUCUGGAUGUGCCACAACACCCGUACUCCUGGUCCAAGCCAAAGCAAUAUGUCAGCCCAUCCCUGCCAGCUCUCGACUGGCAGCUGCCAUCCAGCUCGGGGCCGUACAGCCUGCAGAUCGAAGUGCAGCCCAAAUCCCACCACCGAGCUCACUAUGAGACGGAGGGCAGCAGGGGAGCGGUGAAGGCCCUGGCAGGAGGACACCCUAUCGUUCAGCUCCACGGCUACAUGGAGAGCGAGCCUCUGACCCUGCAGCUGUUUAUUGGCACAGCCGAUGAUAGGCUGCUUAGACCCCACGCCUUCUACCAGGUCCACCGUAUCACCGGGAAGACAGUGUCCACCCCGAGCCACGAGGCCCUGCACAACAACACCAAGGUCCUGGAGAUCCCACUGCUGCCAGAGAACAACAUGCGGGCCAUGAUCGACUGCGCAGGGAUCCUGAAGCUGCGUAACUCGGACAUCGAGCUGAGGAAGGGGGAGACCGACAUCGGACGCAAGAACACACGUGUGCGGAUGGUCUUCAGAGUUCACAUCAACCAGGCCACGGGGAGAACGGUGUCCUUGCAGGCUGCAUCUAACCCCAUUGAGUGCUCCCAGAGAUCGGCCCAGGAGCUGCCGCUGGUGGAUAAGCAGAGCCUGGAGACGUGUCCCGCCCCCGGAGGGGAGAGGAUGCUGCUCGACGGACACAACUUCCAGCACGACUCCAAGGUGGUGUUCGUGGAAAAGGCUCAAGAUGGUCACCACCUCUGGGAGACUGAGGCCAAGGUUGAUAGAGACGCCUCAAAGUCUAAUUCACUCCUCGUUGAGAUCCCUCCCUAUCGCAACCAAAGGCUCUCCACUCCGGUCCACGUGAACUUCUACGUCUGCAACGGCAAGAGGAAAAGAAGCCAGUACCAGCGCUUCACCUACGUCCCCGCCAGUGUUCCAACAAUAAAGACGGAGCCACACGACGACUACGACGCCCCUCUGGUGUGCAGCCAGCCCGGUCCCGGCCUGUCCUUGCACCCAAAGCAAUACUUCCCCCCUCAAGUCAUGACCCCGAUGAUGACCCCCGACCUCAGGCCGUGUGUGGUGGGCGGGGCUUACUCUGUCAGCCAGCCAAGAUUGGCAACCAAGCCCUCCUCGCUGCCCUCCCCGUCCUCUCCGAGCACCAGCCCCAAACUGCACGACCUGUCGCAAUCGCCCUUCCCAAAGUGCCUCCCUGCCGGCCCAGCAGUCCAACACCCGGGCCAACAGUCCCCGAUCCCGCACGUCUCCAUCAUCCAGGAGACACCCGGGCGCUACCAGCCGCCCAACCUCUACCCUCCCAGCAGCUGCUCCUCCUCUCCGACCUCGCAGCCCUCCACCCCGACUGACGCCCCUUUCUCUCCCACCCACUGCAUGACACCAGGCAGCACCAGCCCAGGAGCUCAGCAGCACCCCAAAGUGCCAGAGAGGGGGCGGGCCUCGCUUCAGGAGGACGGCAGCCCCCCGACGCUCGCUGUCAGCAUCAAACAAGAACCACAGGAGCUGGACCAGAUGUACCUUGAUGAUGUCAACGAGAUCAUCAGGAACGACCUGUCAAGCAUCUCCGUCCACAGCCACGCAUAGUUUCCCGUCAACCACCAAAACUGACACAGAAAACCAAAAACAAAGGGAGACACCAAACAUAAAUCUGACACUAUGCUUUUCAUGCUUGGACUACAGCAUGCAGGAAGCAGCAGAAGGAAAUGCAAGGAGAACAAAUGUAAAUGUAUUGUCCAGAUGACCAGGGUCCAACGCGUGCCUUGUUUUUCAUAUAAAAUGCCUUUACACAGAAAUUAUCCAAGGAAUACAUGACAUAACUGACUUUUUUUAAGACAUGUAAAUUGAGUAUGUAGCAACAAACCUGCCAUCCCGAAACCCCCCCACAACAAAGUAUGCUUUUAGAGGACCAAAGGUUGUUUUAUAUGUCUUUUUUGCUGCAGUUUGUAAAUGUUUCGGUGCCUAUGAGUUAUGUAAUUUGUAUAUACAGUAUCUGUAGUGCUUCAGUUUGCAUAUCGGGCUUUACAGAGAGACAGUUUAGAAGAGAAGUGCCUUUUUUGACUGGAAACAGAAAUAUAUAUGGGUUUGGUUCAAUAAUUUUUAAAAGCGAGAUAAUGUAACAUUUGCUGAAUAGUGGCUUCUGUGGUUACAAAUAAUAAUUAAAGACAGUGUAGCACAAAUAGAAAAUGAUCAUAAAGUCAACAAACUGACAAAGAAAUGUCUGUUAUACAGUAAUAUCUAUUAAAAACAUUAGCUGACAUUAGCCACCAAAAGCUACUGGUCAUACCAGAACAAAUGCGGCUUUAGCAACAGACUAUAUGAGUGUAUUGAACUGAUCAGGGGAAGUUUUAUUUCUUUUAGAGUAAACUUUGAAUUUGUAAAAGGAAGAAUGUGUUAUUUCUUCUUUCAAAAGUUGCAUAGUCUCACUUUAAAUCACAUUUGGUCAGCAUGUCUGUAUGGGCAUUUGCUUGGACAAAUUAAAUCAAGAAGAAUUAAAAUUGAAUACAUUUUCUGUAUUCACAGCCAACAAUAAGCACUUAACCACUAAACCUGUGGUGUUACUUGUGGUUGUUCCAUUAAGACAAGUUACUCUCACUUGAAGUCACGCAACAAUGGCUAAACUUUCCAGAUGAUAAGUUACCCGAACCUCAUAGAGUUAGAAAUGUCUUUAUGCACUCUUACAGCACAGAGAACUGUGUGUAGUCACAGAAUAAGGAGUCGUUUUGUGUCAUUUUUUAAAUAAAAAAAUAACUGACUUGAAAAUAACAUGAACUUUGGAGUAAAAUGUUGGCUACAGUAACAUAGGUUUUCACUUUUAUCAAAGAAGAAAUCAUCUCAGUUUUGACGAAGCUUGACUUUUAUUUUUACCUGGAAGCUAUGCAACAUGCAGGUAGCAUUUAGUCUCUGAAAGAAUGUAAACAUGCACAGUUGUAACGGAGAAGGUCUCUAAUCCAAAGAAUAACAACGGUGAACAGCAAUACAAAUAUAUAAAUUCUUUAAUGUUUGUUUUUGUAUUUUCAUAUUUAUUCUCUUCGCAUGUGCUCUGUUUAUUCAUGUUUAUCAUACAGCUUCUUCUACAUGCUUACCUACAUACUGUGGUUAAUCUACUAAUGUGUUUGCGCUCUUAUAGCAAAACUGAAUGGGCUUAAACACUUGUUCCCAGUUUUAUAUGUAUUUAUAAGUCUUAAUCCUUGUAACUGAAGGGCAUGAAAGAAGCCAUACUGAAAUGUUUACCGAGGAGGUUAUUGUUAGUCUACAACUCAUAUUUCUGCUUUGUGAUCUUUUUUUGUGUAUUUGUCAAUAAAUAAGGCUUCAUCUCUUUAA